AUGAUCAAAAUUCUUAUGAAAAACAAACUCUGGAUCAUUUUUAUCGCCCUGAUCGUAGUUUUUAUUUCCCAUUUUCACAUUCAAAAAGUAAAAAGAGAAAGAGUUAAAAGAGAGGAAAAGAAGAAAACUGACGUGAUUUUGGAAAGAUUGGAAACUGGAAAUGAAAGGCUCGGCGCAAAUGGGAAAGCGGUUCAUUUUGUUCCGGUUAAAAAGGAUAUUCAAAAUUUACAACAGGAGAUAAUAGAAAAAUACACAAUCGAUCAUUUACUCUCCGACAAAAUCGGUCUUCAUCGAAAAAAAGCAUCCAUCAUCUUCAAUUUCUUCAACGAAGCGUGGUCUACUCUCCUCCGCUCCGUCUUUUCAGUCCUUCACACCGCUCCUUUCGGUCUUGUGGAAGAAAUUAUCCUCAUCGAUGACGACUCUGAUUUUACUUUUCUCGGCGAACGACUGGAUAAGAAAAUAAAGGAGAUGGAGGAAAAGAUCAAUUUUGCAAUUCCAAUCCGACUGAUUCGAUUAAAGGAGCGAGUUGGCUUGAUCAAGGGGAGAAAUAUCGGGGCAUCGCUGGCGAAAGGAGACGUUUUGGUCUUUUUGGACUCGCAUAUUGUCAAGGGCUUUUCUCUUUUGAUGGUUGGAGUCCCAGUCAUUUCCUGCAUCGACCGACUAACAUUCGAAUUCGUCCACGAUCCCUACUCCCGUCCACAAAUUGGCGGCUUCGACAAAGCACUCUUAUUCAAUUGGCAUUCACUUGGCGAAGAUGGUUAUCCAGCUGAUACGACAGAAGGGAUAAAAUCGCCAGCGAUGGCGGGAGGACUCUAUGCAAUUGAGAAAAAUUGGUUUCACCACUUGGGCGGGUACGAUGAUCAGAUGGAUAUCUGGGGAAUGGAAAAUGUGGAAAUGUCCGUGAGGACGUGGACUUGCGGAGGGAGCAUUGAAAUUGUUCCCUACUCGAUUAUUGGCCACGUGUUUCCUGAAAAGCCAUUUUACCACCGAGAUCCGACCCGAAAUCUCGUUCGCUUUGCUGAAGUCUGGCUCGAUGAAUACAAAGAAAAAGUCUACCGCAGAUCUUAUUUUUCUCCCCCGGACUCUUUUAAAAAUUCGAAGUCGCUGGAAACUAGAAAAGAGUUGCGAAGAAAUUUGAAGUGCAAGCCUUUUGAUUGGUUUUUGGAAAAUAUUUUUCCACAAUUUUCGCCGCCAGAAGAUAUUGAAGGGCAGUUUGGAUUCCUUCAUUCGCCGAAUUUGGAAUGGUGCUUGGCGAUAAGCUCGGUGGGAGAGCUGAUUUGGGAGCAAUGUCGGUUUUACUUGUACACAAGACCUCUUGAACAGCUUUGGGAACUGAAUUCAAACGGGCAACUGAUCAAUUUUGGCUCAAAAGGGGGUCUGGACAUUGUCGUUCUUCCGAAAGUCGCUUCUGGGGAUCAAAUAAGACUCCAAAUUGUGAAUAGAACUGAAGAAAUCGGACUGCGGGCGGCGACAAGUUUCAGAAAAAUUGACAAUCAGGGCGAUUUCUUUUUGAAAAAUGAACAUUUUAAGAAGUGCCUUGAUCGAAGAAUUCUGAAAGGCGAUGAUAGAGCUUAUUUACGAGCAUGUGAUGACAUUCACCCCCAAAGAUUCCGAUUUACUCCCGAAGAAGAAAUGAACCAACUUUAG